AUGUGACACUUUAUUUUUUAUGUGAUGAACAGAGUUAAUUAAAAUUUUUCUGGGUAUUGUUGAUAGCUUGGGGUUUGCUACAUCGAUUCAAUGUCAAAUUGGUUGGCCUGUGAUCAGUUUUGUGGUUAUGUUCAUGAAUGCUUUUCUCGAUCCUUCAAUAAGUUUCACUAAUCAGCGAUAUUAGAAGAUUUUUCCUUUUAUUAGAUCAAUUGGAUGGAUUUUUCUUUCGCUCCAUUUGUUUCUCAUCGUUUCUUGCUUCUAUUAAUCAGAACAUUGGCGUUCACAGAUACAAAUAAAUAACCAUAAAACCACAUUUGAGGACAAAGCCGGUGAGAGAGUUUCAUUGUCAUUCUGGUGAGAGCAGAAUUACUGACAAUGCACAUUUCCAACGCAUCAAUUCUAAUAUAUAAUGUCAAUGCCAUCCAUCCCCAAUCUCAAUAUCAGAGCGUUAUGUAGAGAGGGUUGGUUGAAAGAGGCGUUGCACAUUUUGCUUUCUGCACACAACGCCCCUGUAAACUCUGGUACAUAUCUUCAACUAUUGCAGAGUUGCAUUUCCAAGAAAUCCCUUUCAGAGGGUAAGCAAAUACACGCUCACAUCAAUGAGAGGGGAUUUAAGUUUGGCACGCACAAACUUUUACAAGAUGCCCUUAUCCACAUGUAUGACAAGUGCGGGGGAUUAGUGAAUGCACGCAAAGUAUUUGACCAAAUGACCGAGCGAGAUGUCUUCUCAUGGAAUAUCAUAAUUGCCGCUUACAGAAGACACGGUCUCCCGUACGAGGCACUGAGACUGUUUCACCAAAUGCAACAAACUAGUAUCCAACCCGAUCAGUUCACCUUUGCCACUGUACUGCCAGCAUGUGCCAAGGUAAGAGCUUUGGAACAGGGCAUAGACAUCCAUCAAAGUGUAAUUGAAAGAGGCUUUUUGUCGGAUGAUGUAGUGGCAAAUAGUCUAGUAGAUAUGUAUGCAAAAUGUGGAAGCAUAGACAAGGCGCGUGAACUAUUUGAUAUAAUGCCUAACAAAAAUAGGGUUUCAUGGAAUGCCAUGAUUGCAGGAUAUGCACAAAAUGGUGUUCUUGACGAGGCUUCGAGGGUUUUCAGACAAAUGCCUCAGAAAGAUGUGGUCUCAUGGACUGCAAUGAUUGCAGGAUAUGCACAAAAUGGGUUUGCUGAGAAGGCCUUGGAAACUUUCAAGCAAAUGCAAUUGGCAGGUGUAAUUCCGGAUUCCACAACCUUUGCCAGUCUCCUCCCGGCCUGUGCCAAAAUGGGAGCUUUAGAACAGGGUAUGCACAUCCAUCAAAGCAUAAUGGAAAGAGGAUGCUUGUCCGAUGUUACAGUUGCGAAUGCCCUGGUAGAUAUGUAUGCAAAAUGUGGAAGCAUACACAAGGCGCGUAACCUGUUUAAUCUGAUGCUAGAAAAAAAUGUGGUCUCAUGGAACUCCAUGAUUGCAGGAUAUGCACAAAAUUGCGUUCUUGAUGAGGCUUUGAGGAUUUUUGAAGCAAUGCCUCAAAGAAAUGUAAUCUCAUGGAAUGCCAUGAUUGGGGGAUAUGCACAAAAUGGAAUUGUCGAAAAAGCCUUUGAAACUUUUGAGCAAAUGCAAUUGGCUGGUGUAAAACCAGACUCAACAACCUUUGCCAGCAUCCUUCCAGUCUGUGCCAAAAUGGGAGCUUUAGAGCAUGGUCUGGAUAUCCAUCGAAGCAUAAUGGAGAGCGGAUUAUUGACAGAUAUUGUAGUUGCAAACGCGCUAGUAGAUAUGUAUACAAAAUGUGGAAACACACAGAAGGCAUGUGAGUUGUUUGACAAAAUGCCUCAAAGAAAUGUUGUGUCGUGGACUGCAAUGGUUGCAGGAUAUGCACAAAACGGAUUUGUUGAAAAGGCUUUGGAAACUUUUAAGCAAAUGCUAUUGGCAGGUUUAAAGCCAGACUCCACAACGUUUUCCAGUGUCCUUCCAGCCUGCGCCAAAAUGGGAGCUUUAGAACAGGGUAUGGGCAUCCAUCAAAGCAUAAUCAAAAGUGGAUUUUUGUCAGAUAUAGUUGCAAAUGCCCUCGUAGACAUGUAUGCGAAAUGUGGAAGCAUAAAUAAGGCUUGUGAGCUGUUUGACAAUACACCUCAGAAAAAUGUGAUCUCAUGGAAUGCUAUGAUUGCUGGAUUUGCACAAAAUGGCUUUUGCCAAAAUGCUCUCAAACUCUUUGAGGUUAUGAAGCACUCUGGAGCAUACCCUGACCAUGUAAGCUUUGCUUCGGUUUUAUUAGCUUGCAGCCACGCAGGUUUAGUGGACGAGGGCUGUAAAUACUUCAAUUCCAUGGGUGCCUCUUAUUGUAUUAAGCCUAAACUUGAUCAUUAUGUGCGCAUGGUUGACCUUCUUGGCCGUGCUGGAUAUCUUGAGGAAACUUUAAACUUUAUCAUCAAAAUGCCAAUCAAACCUGUGGUGGUUGUAUGGACAUGUUUGCUUGGUGUCUGUAAAGAACAUAAAAAUAUAGGAUUAGGAAAAUUAACAGCGACUCGUCUUUUUGAGCUGGAUCCUAAAAAUGCUUCUACUUAUGUUCUUCUGUCAAACAUUUACGCAGAGUUGGGCAGGUGGGAUGAGGCUCAAAUGAUUAGGAGAUUGAUGAAAGAUAGAGGAAUUAACAAGACACCUGGAUGUAGUUGGAUUGAAGACCAUAAAAUGGUUCACGCUUUUUGUGUUGGAGACACAUCACACCCACAGACACAGGAGAUCUAAGCAAAAUUGGAGAAAUUGUCUCGGUAGGAAGGUCGUUUCCAGUUUCAAAACAGGUACUGGAUGAUGUGGAGAAGAACGAAUUAUAACUCUGCUACAAUGGAAACCUGCACAUACUCGGGAUGAAAAGCAAAAAGAGGGGAAUGCUUAAAGGAAAUGGAAAGACGCUUGGCCAUCAGGAAAUGUGAAAGAAGGGAUACAAUGAAUCCAAUGCUUGGAGAUGACAGGAAAAGCAUCUCUUAAUAACUGUUAACUCCAUCCUUAGUCAUUUUGUAUUGUCCUUUUGUAUGGGCUAAUAAUAAAAUAUUGCCUAUAUCAAACCUGACAUUUGGGAUUCGAUUACAGAAGAGAUUAUGUGUGCAAAUUUGUGUA